CUCUCUUCGGGCUCAUCGUCGCAGAUCUCUCCGUCCUCCAGCUCUUCCGUCCUCGGGUCCAUGUCUCUCUAAUCACCCGCUACUCUCUCUCUCUAAUGUCCGCACGAGCCCCGUUACCUCGUGGGGCUGAAACCGCUGACAGGCACGUGAGCUGGGGACGUCAUCACGAGAGAGGGAAGAAGACAUGGCGGCGGACUCUGUCCUGAAGGUGUUAUUUGAACUUGAAGGAGUGUUCAUCCACCCGAGCAGCGAGGAGGGCGGCAGCGAGCAGGAUUCACUCAUCUCCGGCUGCCUGAGGAUUGUUGACAAGGAUGCUGACGUGCUGGUGGAGUACCGCCCUCUGGAGGACUCGGACCCCUCCAACAUGCUGUGUGCUGGGAAGGACUCCAGUUCAGUGAUGGAGUGGGACCAGUGUUCAGGGGAGAAGCUGUUAGAGACACAGCAGAGCUACGAGACCGAGUGGGACAUGAUCAACGCCGUGUCCUUCAAGAGGAGAAGCGUCACUAACGGAGAGGGCUCUCUGAACCCUGCUCCUUGUCUCCCAGGAUCUUUGAACCCUGCUCCUUGUCUCCCAGGCUCUCUGAACCACAGCUCUGAGAGGAGCAGAUGGGCGUUCAGCUUCUCUCUCAGUGACCUGCGCUGCAUCAGAGUGAAGGAGCAGGGCUGGAGCUUCCUGCUGCUGCAGCUGAGCGAGUCGUGCAGAUCUCCUCCAGCGCUCCACUUCCACCAGGGCGGCAGCAGAGACUUCCUGGAUAGCCUGAGGAGGUUUGCUGUGAUCAGCCAGGCUGCAGGAGAGGAGGUCUGUCUGAUGGUCAGCUCCCCUAACAGAGCUCUGUCUCAGUCCUUCGAGAAUCUGCUGGACGAAAACAACUUUGGUCUCGUUAAUCAGAAGUUCCGGAACGAUCCGUACGUCACCACGCUGGGAGGCUUCUCUAAAGUGACCAACUACAUCUUCGAUGCUUUCCGGGGGACCGAGGAGCAGCACCAGCGCCCCCCGGAGGAGGUGGCCGACCUGCUGGGGGAGGUGAUCCCCGGGCUGGAGAUCAACCAGCAGGAGGAGCCCGGCUUCGAGGUCAUCACCAGGAUGGACCUUGGGGUGCGGCCCCCGGUCUCCAGGAGGGACCCCGUCUCUUCAGAGGAGUGGAGCAGACAUCAGGACGCAGAGGGGAGGAUGAUCAACGUCCCUCUGCUCAAACAGAUCAUCUUUAAAGGG